AUGGACGCUCCAUUUCUGGGAGAUAGGGUGCUUGUUGAGAUUGCCAAAGGUCGUCCUCAUGGCAGCGAUGUGUACCGCUACCGCUCUCGUUCACGCUCGCGUGAUCGUAAGCGUCGUAGCCGCACGCGUUCUCGAAGCCGUGACCGUAGACGAAGCCGAACACCCAGAAGAGGACGUAGUCGCUCUCGCAGCCGCAGUGCUUCUCCGAGGCGACGUCGUUCUCGUGGAAGGCGCGACUCGAGCCGUUCCAGAAGUCGCAGCAGGACUCCUGAGAAGAAGCGUCGCUCCAGGCGUCGCAGCAGAACCCCAAAGCGUGAUAAGCGCUCGCCGAAAAGUUCACCCGAAAAGACCUCAAGCAGAAGCCCCUCACCCAAGAAGGGAAGAAGUCUCAGUAGAUCUGCCUCUCCAGUAGCAGGCAAGAGAAACGACUCUGUAUCUCCUAAAAGAAAACGCAGCGAAUCUCCUAAAGACACCAAAAGAUCUCCCUCUCUCAGCCCAUCCCCUAAAAAGGCAAGACGCAGUCGAAGCUCUUCCAGGGAUAGUGCUGAUCGCACACCUUCCCCUAGCCGUGAGAAAUCGAGAAGUGCCAGUCCUGCUGUUGCGAAGAAUGGAAGAAGCAAUUCGGAUGAUAAUGGAGACCGCUCACCACGUAGAUCGCGUUCACGUAGUCCUGGUGGAAGUGGAUCCGAUCGCAGUCGCAGCGUAAGCCCCGAGGAAAAUGGAAAACGUCGAAGAUCAUCAAGUGAACGCAGUGGACGCAGUGUUUCUGAUCGCGACGAUUAG